GUGGGGCCGCUGUGGGCAGGCACACUGAACUGGUCACCGGGCUAACCCCCGGCGCAGUGAUCGCCCCUGCUUGGCCGCGCAGGCAACGGACCCGAGUUCAGGGGACCCCUCAGAGCCCACGCUAGGAGCAUCCCUGCUCCGCCCUCCCCAUGGCUCUCAGGUACUGUCUGACUCUCCUAGUGCUGGGCGCCGGUGAAACUGGGGAGAUGGGGCUCACCAGGAACCUGGCCGGCUGCGGUGCCAUCCUCUCCCAUGCGCUGCUGCUGCUCCACAUUGGGGCACUGGUGCAGUCAGGGCUGGGGGAACCAGAUCCCAAGAUCAAUGGGCAGUCACUGUUGGUGAGCACCAUGCAGGAGGAUGAGAGCCGGGACUUCACCUGCCAGGUGGACAGCUGGCAGGCCGUGCCCAUGCUUACCUGGUACCUGAAUGGCAAGAAGCAAGAGACCAAUGGUUCCACAGUGUUGGCCACCUUGGCUGAGGCCUUUGAGCAAAGCUCCAGCACUUUCACAGUCACGGCGCAGCGCGCAGACAGGGAACUGAACUGCUCACUGACAGACCCAGCCUCUGGCAAGACCUCCAACGCCUCGGUGCUUCUCAACGUGCAGUUUAAACCGGAGAUCAUGACGAUGAAUGCCAGGUACCAGGAGGCCAAAGACCCAGGUCUCUUCAUGGUUCUCUUUGUCCUGGUGCGGGCCAAUCCCCCAGCCAGCAUCACCUGGAUAGACCAGGACGGGCAUGUGAUGGUGAAUACAUCCGACUUCCUCAUCCUGGACACCAAGAGCUACCCCUGGCUGACCAACCACACCGUGCAGGUGCAGCUCAGCAGUGUGGCCAAGAACUUCUCUUUCACCGCAGCCAACAAUGUGGGCAUCACCAACUCAUCCAUCCUGCCACCAGGUCUCCUGGAUACCCGUGUGGAGCUGCCCCUACUGGCCAUCAUUGUUGGAGGAGCCUUGGCACUGGGGACUCUCCUCUGUCUCAACACCCUCAUCAUCUGUGUCAUCUGCAGGAAGGGGAAGAAGGCGUCAGGGCUCUCUGGACCUUUGCCGCUGCCUCCAAGCGAUUCCAACAACCUGAAGUUGAACAGCGUGCGACUGCCCCGAGAGAACAUGUCCCUCCCGUCCAACCUGCAGCUCAAUGACCUCACGCAGGAGGCCAAAGCCAGCCAUGGAGAUGCGGGACUCCAGACCAAGCGGAAGGACGAUGCCCUAUCGGAGCCAGAGAACAGCCUGGGCCUUGGUAAUAGAGGUUUCGUCCAGUUCCCGAUGGUUGGGCACAUUUACAAAGUGUCCAGCAUGAGCAGUGAUGAGAUAUGGCUGUGACUGCUGCGGGGUCCAGGGUAUCCCUCAGUCUCCUGGGAUGAGUCCACUGAUCCAUCAGCACUGCAGACCCAUCCAGGAGCUGCCAUUCUCCCCAGAGGCUCCCCCAGGAUCCCAGACAACAGAGCCAGCUCAGAACAAGUUCUCUGUGUAACCACCACCAGAGCUCCAGGUGAGAAAAGUGCAACGUCACUAACUUCUUGUGACUGCAGGUCUUCCACACCAUCCUGCCCCAAGGAUCUCUGGGUUCUUCAGCUCUCGCACUUGAAUAGGUUAGCUAGUCUCACCUAAAACAUCAUGGAGUCUGAUUUUUAAGAACUCUCCCGUGUGCGGGGAGACAGGUGGAGCACCAAGAAUAGGAAUGGCCUGUGCUCCUGCCCAGCAGCAAGAGGAAUUCAUGCAUGCAACAGCCAUGGUCAUUUCAUUUCCACUCAGCCCUGGGAGCACCCAGCUAUGUCCAUCUCUGAAUGGAUCAGGGCUACGUUCUGGAGCUCCUGUGAGGAGUCUGAAACUGGUGGGAGUGGAAGAGGGGGAGGUAAUAUCAGCAUCUUAGGGAAGUAAAUGAGUAGAGGGGGAUGGGCAGUAAACCUGCCUCACUCAAACUCCAAUCUCAGUCAGUCAGACAUUCCCUCUCAGGCCUGGCCAAGUAUCUCAGUCCAGUGACUUCUAAAGUGGCUCCUGAUGUUGGUGUCCAGUCUGACUCCUGGGGCUGGUGCCUGCUGCUCGGAGGGGAGAGAGAGUAGGAAACCCAGAAGAUCGGGAUCUAGGGGUUCCAAGACUACUUUAGAAAACGUGGCCUGUCCCCUGUGUAUGUUGAGUAUCAUACAGUGGGAGAUGGAACAGACUUACCUCCCCAUGGGGCUGGGAGGGGAGAAGCACUCCAGGAACGGUAUAGUGCUAAAACCUGAAAUAGCAAGCAGUGAGGCUGUUAUUUGUCAGCUGCUCUAGUUCUGUGUACUCACUCUGCUAGGGAAAAGUAAACCUCACCAGUUUGGGACGAAACAGCAAAAAGAGUGUGAGUACCCCCGGUGCUUCUCAGCCUCCAGUUAACUCCAGCCCUGUAUUGGGAGAGCAGUGAUGGUCUGCUUCUGGGUAUCCUAUAAUCAACCUCUUUGUGAGAAAGAACAUGGGGUAGUUUCUGCUUGGAGCCCACAGCUGUCUCCUGGAGAAGAACUAGAGUAAUAAAAAGGGAAGUUCUUAAUCUUUGAAAAGAACAUUUAUGAGAGAGGUGUCCCUGCUCUGCCCUCAUUUACACUUAUGCAAUUCCCCUGUGGACACUGGACAGGUAUGGGUGUGCCUGAGGGUAGUUAUCACUCUAAUUCUUCACCCCUCUGAAGCUAGACACUGCAGCACAGAGGACACUUCUAUGUGAAAAACCACUGUGGAACCCUAACCCUCCAUUGCAAUAACUGGUGUGUAAUUCCUACAGUCCAGAGUUGCUGCAGCACCUGGUCACUAGGAUGGCGCUGAGGUUUUUAGCCUUUGCUUUGUUAGUGUCUUGCUAUGGCGACCGUCUCUCUCAGUGAACGUGCAUCUGGAAAGGGCAACUCUUUCCUGGGAGAAUCCUAUUUGUGACCCUUCUCUCAUGCCAAGAAGUCGGCUUGGCCUGGGUGCCAGUGAAUAAGUACAAAUAGAGGUGCUGGUGGAAAUAAAUACACAUGGCCAUACAGGCUGACCAGCCUCUGAGUAAAACAUUAAGCUAUGCAUCAAAUUAUCUAGCAGCUGUUAGCUCAGUUACUUGUUUUAAAAUGCUGCAUUGUUAGCUGAGGCAUGUUUUUAUGUAACUUAGGCACUUUAAGAAUAAAAUGCUAUAAUCAAAGUGUAA